GUUGGGAAAAUACAGGGAUGCAUGAAUGAAUGGAGAUGAAGGCCUUCAGUGAAAGCGAUUGAGAUUCAUAAAUCACAUGCUUUUGGAAGCUUCCAUUCCAUUCCUUAUGGUUUGGAGUUGAUCAAGAUCUGUUUUACCUGUGCCAUUUGAAUUCCAGAACCAUGCAUAUAGGUCAAACGGAUACAACUUCAGUGAAAUGUCUAAUCAACAGCAUUUCUCGAUUCAUUCAUCUGGUUUCUUGCCAAACAGUAAAACCUAUGCCUUUUCAGAAAAUCUGUAAUAAUAUGGUUGGUGUGUUAAAGUGUUUGAAGCCUGUGCUUGAUGACAUUAUGGAUUACAAAAUCCCUUUAGAUGAAAAUCUAUGUAAAGAGUGUGAAGAAUUGGAUAUGCGGGUUAAUGAAGCUAGAGAUUUCAUUGAAAAAUGGGGUCCAAAGAUGAGCAAAAUUCACAGUGUUCUACAAAGUGGGACAUUGUUGAUCAAGUUACAGGGCACUUCACUUGAUAUUUGUCACAUGAUAGUUAGAUCCUUACAGUCACCUCCAUCUGCAUCAGUUUUGGCUAAUCUUCAGCGCUAUAUCCAGGAACUUCAAUGUCUCAAGAAGGAAACGACAAUGGUCAAUAUAGAAGAAGCACUGAGAAACCAAAGGGAUAAUAUUGAACCUUGCAAUGAACAUCUAAAGGAAAUUAUUGAGUUACUUAAAUUGACAUCAAACCAGGAGCUCUUGAAAGAAAGUAUUGCUGUGGAAAAGGAAAGGUUGAAUGCUGAAGCCAAUAAAAUGAAAGGGGACUUGGAAGAAAUUAACGAAAUUGUGAAUCUUGUCUGCAACUUACGUGAUUAUGUGAUGAAAACUGAGAGCCCUAUAGUCAAGAGUGGUGUCCCAAUCCCUCCAUACUUCCGCUGUCCUUUAUCGUUGGAACUCAUGUUGGAUCCUGUAAUCGUGGCUUCAGGUCAAACAUAUGACAGACAAUCCGUCCAAAAGUGGCUUGAUCAUGGGCUGACUGUUUGUCCCAAGACUCAUCAGAGACUUACGCAUACAAAUCUCACUCCCAAUUACACUGUGAAAGCUAUGAUAGCAAAUUGGUGUGAGGAAAAUGAUGUCAAACUUUCCAGUAACUCUGAGCACAAUAAUUCUUCCCGUAUCACAUCCCCCUCAGAUCGUUUAUUGCCUCAAGACUUAGCUCAUGCAUGUGGUUUUGGGUCUUUACCUAGUCACAAUUCCAUUUCAACAUCAUCUCUUCAAACUGGAGAUACUUUUGAGAAGAAAAAGGGUGAUAACUCUUUCAGAUUAAGUGGAGAAUCCAAUGGAUGCCAGAGUGGAGCAACAGAAAAGUGUGAGCAACAAUCCCCAUAUAGUCACAGCAGAAGUGAAUCAUUUUCAAGUUCAUUUUCUAGUACUGAUUGUGUGCCUGCAGUUUCAAAAGAGGCGUCAGGGAUAUCUAGUAAGCAUCAAAAUGUGAAGGUGUUGUCCGGAGAAAUCACAAAUGUGUGUCCUGCUUCUCCUGGUAAUAAACAACCAGGGUUAUCUGGAAAGCAAUUUCAAAGCCCUGGAUCAAAAGUGGGAGGGAUGGAGAAUGGAAAAAAUAAUAAUAAUAAUAGUCAAUCAAGAACUGAUUCUCAUCCUGUUUUUAACAUGGGAUUGGAUGGCUUGACCACCUCAUCUCAUGUCAAUAAAUUGAUUGAAGACCUUCACAGUCCAUCAAUUGAAGUGCAAACUACUGCUGCAGAAGAAUUGAGGCUCCUUACAAAGUGUAACACAGAAAACCGUAUCAUUGUAGGGCAGUGUGGGGCGGUCGUGCCUUUAAUUUCACUGCUAUAUUCAGAUGUAAAGAUAACAGAAGAGCAUGCUGUGACAGCUCUGCUGAAUUUGUCAAUUAAUGAAGACAACAAGGCCUUGAUCAUGGAAGCAGGAGCCAUAGAACCACUUAUCCAUGUUUUGAAGGCAGGAAAUGAUGGUGCCAAGGAGAAUUCUGCAGCAGCUCUAUUCAGCCUCUCUGUAAUAGAGAACAACAAGGCAAAGAUUGGCCGUUCUGGUGCAGUUAAAGCUUUGGUGGAUCUUCUUGCGACAGGAACUCUUAGAGGGAAGAAGGACGCUGCUACUGCUUUAUUUAACCUGUCAAUAUUUCAUGAGAAUAAAGCUCGUAUAAUUCAAGCUGGAGCGGUGAAAUUUCUGGUUCGGCUAAUGGACCCUGCUGAUGGAAUUGUUGACAAGGCUGUUGCUCUUCUGUCAAACCUGUCAACAAUUACAGAGGGCCGAUUAGAAAUUGCAAGGGAAGGGGGCAUCCCCUUACUGGUUGAAAUUGUUGAAUCAGGUUCCCAGCGGGGAAAGGAAAAUGCUGCCUCCAUUCUCUUGCAACUAUGCCUUCAUAGUUCCAGGUUUUGUACUCUGGUUUUGCAAGAAGGAGCUGUACCUCCCCUAGUUGCAUUAUCUCAAUCUGGUACACCAAGAGCAAAGGAAAAGGCACAACAGCUUCUCAGUCAUUUUCGUAAUCAGCGGGAAGGAGCUACUGGGAAGGGAAAAUCAUGAAGAUAGACACUUUUGGUUAUUUCAUUUUGCCCCUUUUUUUCCCCCUUAGUAACUUGUGAUAAUCUUAUUCCCCUCCCUAUUCUAUAGCUGCUGUUUAGGACUUAAUGACUACUUUCAUUGCAUUCUUUUGAUUUAUACAUGUAUCAUUUGUGAAGCUUCUUAUCUUCUUCCAGUGGCUUGUCAUUGGUUUUUCUCAAGUUCAAAAUUGAACUUCACUGCUACGCUGCCUCAUUUCUCCCCCUAUUGUCUGGGAUGUUUAUUUUCGAAUAUCUCUUGUAGGCUUUAAUUUUCUUUCCACUUUUGUGGCUGUUCUUGGGAGGAGUUAGUCUACUUUUUGAAGCUUAAGGUUGGCAAGAUGUAAACCAAAACACUAUUCAGCUAGAGCAUAACUUAUGUGGUC